AUGUCACUGAAUCCAUCAUCUAAACACAAAUCAAAACGGGGGUCUUCUGACGACAAGAAAUCUUCGAGCGGAUCAGAAGCAGGCUCAGUGAAGCUCCUGACAGCAUAUCCGGGAUUCGACAAACUUGUCAAAGAUCUGAAAAAAUUUGACUCUUCCCUCAAAUUGGGAUAUCACCAUGGAGACACAAGCCUCAAAGCGCGUGAAAAUAAUUUCCGAGAUGCCAUGGAAAAUCUGCUGAAGGCAUCGAAAGCUUUUGCAGAUAAGGCUGAAGAGAUAAGUAAGCUUACGGCACGAAAGAAGCGUCGAAUAGACCAGCUAGACUCGUUUAAGAGGGACUGCGGAGGUGGAAAGGAUGACGCAGAAAUGGUUUGGAAGAAAUGGUUAAAGAAGAGAUUGAAGAAGAGAAAAUGA